CAAGACUGCAUCGAUGGUGGAAGUGAUGUCCAAGGACCAAUCCCCAUUCUCAUAUCCUCCAGGCCAGAAGGGAGUCGUUUCUGAGUCUGUGUCCCAUGAUGCUUUGGGUCUGGCGUCGCUAUGGGAGUAGCACGGCUGGAAGAAAGCCUUUUGUGAGGUCAUUCAUUGUCCUUCACCUAUCAGAGCGAGCACCCCUGAUGGAGACAGGGAAAGCGCUUCGGGAGCCACGAUGCUUCAUUUUGCAAACCCUCUUCUAAAGAACAUCAUUAUCAGGAAUCAGUUUGAUAGCAUCAAGAGGAAGCAAUGCCUCCAGUAUCUGAAAAUGCUGCGGAUGUUGCAGGACGAUGGAUUUAAGACGGUGUAUUUAGGGGAAACUGACAUCCCGGAAAGCCUGGUGACGGGGGAGGAUUUCAGUGACCGGUAUCUCAUGCAGACCCCGUCCUGGUGUAUCGUACACGGCGGAGGCAGUCAGGGCUGGGUGCCCUGGAAGUAUCGGAUAUUCCUUAGAGACGAACUCUGUAUCAGACGAGAAGAGCACAUUUUCUCCGAGUUCUGCGAAGUGGUGAAGACGACCUACGGCAAGUGCGCCAUCGUGGUCAAAGGAGAGAGGCAACAGGAUGGAGCAAAGCCAAAGGAAGACAAGAAGCCUGGCGCCCAGCCGUCCAGCCCCGCAGGCAUUAACUUAACAAGCAUUGUGUGUUGUCCCCAGGUAGCCAAGUUGUAUGGCCAUGAGCUGCUGAUCCUGCCUUCCCCUUAUAAUUACCUGAAUCCCUUAGACUCAGCCUGGUCUUCUAUGAAAUGGUUUAUCAUCAAUAACAGGAAAGAGUUUUGUUUGCAGUCUAUUGACAGUGUCUAUUCUUAUCAGUAUAUACUUUUCAAUGAUUUAAUUAGCAAAGGGAUUGAAAGGAUAAACCUAACCAAGUGGAAAACACUGACAAACAAAGUACGGAGAUGGGAAAACUAUUAUCUGGGGAAAUUUUCUAAAAACGAUCUUUCCGACAAGCAGUAGGUAUGGUCUUCAUCAUCAAUUCUGCUGUGCUUGACACUGCUCCACGGCCACCAGAGAAACUCCAGGGGUGACCUCAGAGGGUGUAACGGGGACUGAGAGGUUCCUACGGAUGCUGGCCAAGCCGCGAGUUUCAUGGAGGAUUCAUUAAAAGCUUGUUGGCAAAUUAGAGGUCUCAACUCUCCUCUUGUUAAAGUCACUAUGAAGGCCACGUCAAUGCAAGGAUUAAGGCCCAUUAGGAUUAUGGCUGCUAAUGAAUAAUUCUGCUAAUUAAAAUGUUAUUUUUAACUGGCAAUGUACCUGAUAAACCAACCCGUACUGUAUAUUUGUGUGACCUUUCCCCCCUCCUUCAUUUCACAUAUUUUAGGAUUUCAUUCCCUAGAGAGCAAAUAACACUAUUCAAACUUCCUAGGUCUCUUCAAUGUCCUGCCAUCGUGUGAGGCUAAAUGCGGGUGGCUGGAUGUGAGGAUAGACGUGGGCUUGCCCUCAGCUCACACUUAGUACACAAGUACCCACAGUUCUAGGGCAAUGAGCACU